AUACAGACGAACCAGAAGAAGAAGAAGAAGAAGAAGAAAGGGGAGAGAGAAAACAGAAACAGAAGAAGAAGAAAAACAGAGGAGAGAGGGUGGAAAAAAAAAGUUUCUCCAGAAGGGGGACAAGGGUUUCUCUUCAUCUUCUUCUUCAUCCUCACACAGACCGGUCCGAUUUUUUCGGUAAUCGGGCUGGUGACGGUUUAAUCCCGUUUUUUUUUUUUUUUCUGUCAGGGUUCAUUUUUUUUGUUUUCUUCCUUUCAAAUGAAACCUCUUUCAAUCUUAGAAACCCUACUUAUUAAAUAACUACUGCAUUUUCUAUUGAUAGAAUUAGAAGCAGGGUUUUGGGAUUUCAUUUUUUUAGGGUUAAAAUUUAGGAGGGAAAGUAAAAAAAAAGGAGAAAAAACAAGGAAUUUAGGGAUCUUGUAGGGGGAGAAACAAAAUUGGAUGAUAGUUUUGGAUAUUGGAUGAUUCUUGUUAAUGCACUAAGGAACUAGAUCAAGAAGCAGCUAAUUUUUGUUCCCGAUCUGAUCAAGUUCCUAUUAAAUGGCUGCUCCUGUCAAUAUAUUGGUAGGAUCUCAAGUUUGGGUGGAGGAUCCUGACGAGGCCUGGCUUGAUGGAGAAGUUUUGGAGGUUGAUGGUCAAGAAGUUAAGAUCGAUUGCACAUCUGGGAAGCAGGUUGUCACAAACAUCAAAAAUGUGUACCCCAAAGAUCCGGAUGCCCCAUCAUGUGGUGUGGACGACAUGACAAAGUUGGCAUAUCUGCAUGAGCCAGGGGUUCUGCAGAACAUAAAAUCUAGAUUUGAUAUCAACGAAAUUUAUACUUAUACUGGUAGUAUACUGAUUGCCGUAAACCCUUUUAGAAGAUUACCACAUCUGUAUGAUAACCACAUGAUGGGACAAUAUAAGGGCGCUGCCUUCGGAGAACUGAGUCCACAUCCUUUCGCUGUUGCUGAUGCUGCAUACAGACUAAUGAUCAACGAGGGGAUAAGCCAAUCUAUUUUGGUAAGCGGAGAGAGUGGAGCUGGUAAAACAGAAAGCACAAAAAUGCUUAUGCGUUAUCUUGCUUAUAUGGGAGGUAGAGCUGCUGCUGAAGGGCAGAGGUCCGUGGAGCAGCAAGUAUUAGAGUCCAAUCCUGUUUUAGAAGCAUUUGGCAAUGCAAAAACUGUCCGGAACAAUAAUUCUAGUCGUUUUGGAAAGUUUGUGGAACUUCAGUUUGAUCAGAGGGGGAGAAUAUCAGGAGCUGCCAUCAGAACUUACUUACUGGAAAGAUCUCGUGUUUGUCAAGUGUCCGACCCAGAGAGAAAUUACCAUUGCUUUUAUAUGCUUUGUGCUGCACCACCAGAGGAUGUCAAGAAGUACAAAUUGGGAAAUCCAAGAGAUUUUCACUACCUGAACCAAUCAAAGUGCAUUGAGUUGGAUGGGAUAGAUGAUCCUAAAGAGUACCUUGCCACCAGAAAGGCAAUGGAUGUUGUUGGAAUCAGUUCGGAAGAGCAGGAUGCAAUUUUCAGAGUUGUGGCUGCAGUUCUCCAUCUAGGAAACAUUGAAUUUGCAAAAGGGCAGGAAAUGGAUUCAUCUGAGCCGAAGGAUGAUAAGUCUCGGUUUCAUUUAAAAACUGCUGCCGAACUUUUCCAGUGUGAUGUGAAGGCUCUCGAGGACUCGCUUUGUAAACGUGUUAUAGUAACUCGUGACGAGACUAUUACAAAAUGGCUUGAUCCGGAGUCUGCCCUAGUUAGUAGAGAUGCAUUGGCAAAAGUUGCCUACACAAGGUUAUUUGAUUGGCUUGUGACGAAGAUUAAUCGUUCAAUUGGUCAAGAUCCUGAUUCAAAGCAACUUAUUGGGGUGCUAGAUAUCUAUGGAUUCGAGAGUUUCAAGACAAACAGCUUUGAGCAAUUUUGUAUCAAUUUGACAAAUGAGAAACUACAACAACAUUUCAAUCAGCAUGUUUUUAAAAUGGAGCAAGAAGAAUAUACCAGAGAAGAAAUUGAUUGGAGUUACAUAGAGUUCAUUGAUAAUCAAGAUGUCUUGGAUCUUAUAGAAAAGAAACCUGGUGGAAUCAUCGCUCUUUUGGACGAAGCUUGCAUGUUUCCAAGAUCAACACAUGAAACAUUUGCCCAGAAAAUGUACCAGACUUUUCAGAAACAUAAAAGAUUCAGCAAGCCAAAGUUGUCACCUACCGACUUCACAAUUUCUCACUAUGCUGGCGAUGUCACAUAUCAAACUGAUUUAUUCUUGGACAAGAACAAAGAUUAUGUUGUUGCUGAACAUCAAGCGCUCUUGAGUGCUUCAGAAUGCGCUUUUGUAGCUGGGUUGUUUCCACCUCAAUCAGAUGAAUCAUCAAAAUCGAAGUUCUCAUCUAUUGGAACACGGUUUAAGCAACAAUUACAAUCUUUGCUGGAGACAUUGAGCACUACUGAGCCACAUUACAUACGUUGUGUAAAGCCCAACAACCUUCUCAAGCCAGCUAUCUUUGAGAACAGUAAUGUUUUACAACAGCUCCGUUGUGGGGGAGUUAUGGAAGCGAUCAGGAUAAGCUGUGCAGGGUAUCCAACAAGAAGAACAUUUUGUGAAUUUGUUGACCGUUUUAGCAUCCUUUCACCCGAUGUUCUGAAUGGGAGCUGUGAUGAGGUCAGUGCAUCUAAGAGACUUCUCGAUAAGGCGGGUCUUCAAGGCUAUCAGAUAGGGAAAACCAAAGUUUUCCUUAGGGCUGGGCAGAUGGCCGAACUUGACUCUAAGAGGAUUGAGGUGUUAGGAAGAUCAGCUAGCAUUAUCCAGAGGAAAGUCCGAUCAUACUUGGCUCGCAGAACUUUUAUCUCUAUAAAGCGAGCAGUGAUUGAUAUUCAGGCUGCGUGCAGAGGACACGUUACUCGGCAACUUUAUGGGAGUAUGAGGAGACAAGCGGCGUGUAUGAAGAUUCAGAAAAACCUUCGCAUGUAUGUUGCAUGUAAAGCUUACAGAUCUUUGCGAUCUUCUGCUAUUUCAAUUCAAACAGGUAUUCGUGGGAUGAGUGCUCGUAAUGAGCUUCGGUACAAACGGCAGACAGAAGCAGCAAUUAUUAUCCAGAGUCGAUGCCGUCAAUAUUUAGCCCGAUUACAGUACACGAGGAUAAAGAAGGCAGCCAUUGUCACGCAAUGUGCCUGGAGAGGAAAAGUCGCUCGUAAAGAACUAAAGAAACUUAAAAUGGCCGCCAAGGAAACCGGUGCUCUCCAGGAAGCCAAGAAUAAACUGGAAAAGCAAGUUGAGGAGCUUACAUGGCGAUUGCAGCUAGAGAAGCGGAUGAGGUCUGACUUAGAAGAAGCUAAAACACAAGAAAAUGCAAAACUUCAAUCUUCUUUGAAAGAUAUCCAAUUGCAAUUCAGUGAAACAAAAGAAAUGUUGAAGAAGGAACGGGAGGCUGCUAAAGAGGCUGUAGAAGAGGCUGCUAAAAUGGCUGCAGAGCAAGCUCCUGUUGUACAAGAGAUCCCCGUGAUCGACACUGAAAUGCUGGAUAAGCUUACUCAUGAAAAUGAGAAACUCAAGGCUUUGGUAAGUUCCUUAGAAAAGAAAAUUGAUGAUACAGAGCAGAAGUUCGAAGAAACAAACAAGCUUUGUGAAGAACGGUUAAAGCAGGCGUUGGAUGCAGAAUCAAAGAUAAUUCAGUUGAAGACAGCUAGUCAGAGUCUCCAAGAAAAGCUUUCUGACAUGGAAUAUGAAAAUCAACUACUGCGACAGCAAGGCUCAUCACAUUCUACACCUGUAAAGCGGAUGUCUGAACAUUUGGCAACUCAAUCAUCUAAGAGUAUGGAGAAUGGUCACCAUGAGAAUGAAGACCAUAAAGAACCAUUGAGUGCAACACCUUCUCGCAGAUUUGGAACAGAAGUUGAUCAAAAACUAAGGAGAUCCCAGAUCGAGAGACAACAUGAGAGUGUGGAUGCCCUUAUGAAAUGUGUGACCCAAGAUCUUGGUUUCAGCCAAGGAAAGCCAGUUGCAGCAUUCACUAUAUACAAAUGUCUUCUUCAUUGGAAAUCAUUUGAAGCUGAAAGAACUAGUGUCUUUGAUCGCCUCAUUCAGAUGAUAGGUUCUGCGAUCGAGGAUCAGGAUAACAAUGAGCAUAUGGCUUAUUGGCUUUCAAAUACGUCUACUUUGUUGUUCUUGCUACAAAAGAGUCUGAAGGUUGCCGGUGGAGUUGGUUCAGCUUCAAUGCGGAAGCCGCCCCCUGCACAGUCAUUUCUUGGGAGGAUGACCCAGGGAUUUCGUUCAUCUCCUUCUUCUGCCAACAUGGUUGUGAAUAGCUUGGAUGUUGUGCGCCAAGUUGAGGCAAAGUAUCCUGCAUUGCUUUUCAAGCAGCAGCUCUCAGCUUACGUGGAAAAGAUAUAUGGAAUUAUUCGAGACAAUUUGAAAAAGGAUUUGACAACAUCGCUCUCCUCAUGCAUCCAGGCACCAAGGACAUCAAGAGGAAAUGUACUGAGAGCGACCAGUCGAUCGUUUGGUAACAAAGAUUCUCCAACUAGUCACUGGCAAGGCAUUAUUGAUAGCUUAAAUACGCUCCUCGUAACACUGCAAGAAAACUUUGUUCCACCAGUUCUUGUGCAGAAGAUCUUUACUCAGAUUUUCUCAUAUAUCAAUGUCCAGCUAUUUAACAGUCUUCUCUUACGUCGAGAGUGUUGUACAUUUAGCAAUGGGGAAUACGUGAAGGCCGGGUUGGCUGAACUAGAAAUAUGGUGUGGUACUAAAGCAAAAGAAGAGUAUGCAGGAUCAUCUUGGGAUGAACUCAAGCACAUCAGGCAAGCUGUUGGAUUCUUGGUUAUACACCAAAAGUCUAGGAUAUCCUACGAUGAAAUUAUAAACGACCUCUGCCCUAUCCUGAGCGUCCAACAGCUGUACAGAAUAUGCACGCUGUAUUGGGACGAUAACUAUAACACUCGGAGUGUAUCCCAAGAAGUCAUCUCCAGCAUGAGGGUACUAAUGACGGAGGACUCUAAUGAUGCAGAAAGCAAUUCAUUUCUGUUGGAUGACAAUUCAAGCAUUCCCUUUUCAGCAGAGGACAUGUCAAACUCAUUGCAAGAGAAGGGAUUCUCAGAUGUCAAACCUGCACCGGAACUUCUUGAGAAUCCAGCCUUCCAAUUUUUACUCGAGUGAGACAGUGGAAACACAAGUAUAUCAGUUGGGUAAAAGCAGUGGCUGCCACUUUACAGAAUUCGAGAGCAAUUUCCCAGGUUUUUUCAGGUCUGCCAUCUCAUGAUGUAAAAUCUCCUCACCAAUAUAUAUAUAUAUAUAUAUAUUUCUGGUUUUACCUCCAUGUAUGUUUCUCUAAGAUCCCCUCCUUUAUCAUCAACACAUCCUCCAUAAGCCAUGGCUGUAAAAUUAUUCUUUACAUCUGGAUUUGUAAAAUUCCUAGUGGGUUCAGAUAGUUACAAGGAGGGUUGGGUUUGGUUUGUUACCCUCCCACCAAGUGCGUUUUGGUGUUGCAUUUUUUUUUGUCACAAUUUUUUGUCUUUGGGUGCCUGGGGCAGCAUAUUCUUUGUAGUAGGACUAGGGAGGUUAUAGGAGGCACAGAGGAAGAGGAAUAUUUUGCAAUUUGUAAUGUAGUGGGUGGUGGUGGGAACUGUUCUUUAAAACCCCCCUCCCAUUUUUAGCUGUAAUAUAAAAGUUAAACACUAAUUAUAUGAACAGAAAUAUUUAUUUUAGGAGAAUUCUUUGUUAUUACACAUCUUGUAAUACAAUGAAAAUUUUAGUGGAGCGUGGCUUUGUGGAAUAAGAAAGGAAAUGAUUCAUGUGUUGCUGCUGCUGGUUAUUUGUCUUUUGGUUCGUGGUUAUUUAACUUUUGGUUGGUUAUUCUUAUCGUCUUAUAUUUUGUAAUCAUGUACUCGGCUCCGGAUCGUCUGUUACCAGUAAGAGUAUAUCUGGUGGUGCCCCUUC